UUUCUUUUCUUUUCUUUUCUCCACUUUAAUUUGUUUGUUAACCUUUAUUUGUCUUAAGGCUCAAGCAUUGUUGGAACUGCUUCUGUCUGUCUGUGGCCCAGAUAAGUGUCGCUUUUAUAUCGCCUGUGCCCUGCCGUGUCUCACCAUGCAUCAUUGUUGCCAUCACAAGCCGCUACCGCGCUCGCUCACUAGCUAGUCACUCCACCCGGCCGGGACGGGAGCACGCAUAUGCGUGCGAUGGGACGCGAGGCAGCAGCAGCAGCGUGCUCGUCCAACAAGCCCAAGCUGCGUAGAGGACUGUGGUCGCCGGAGGAGGACGAGAAGCUCUACAACCACAUCAUCCGCUACGGCGUCGGUUGCUGGAGCUCCGUCCCAAGGCUCGCCGGGUUGGAGAGAUGUGGCAAGAGCUGCAGGCUAAGAUGGAUCAACUACCUCAGGCCUGAUCUCAAGAGGGGCAGCUUCUCCCAGCAGGAGGAGGACCUCAUCGUCAGCCUUCACAAGAUCAUUGGCAACAGGUGGUCCCAGAUAGCGUCGCAGCUGCCAGGCCGGACAGACAACGAGAUCAAGAACUUUUGGAACUCGUGCAUCAAGAAGAAGCUCCGGCAGCUGAGCAUCGACUCCACCACCCACAAACCGCUUAAUGACGCUGUUGCUGUGGCUGAGCCGCACGACGACUGCAAGCAGCUAGUCCCCGGUGCGGAAGACCGCUGCUUCGGCGGCUCUGGCAGUGGCAGUGACGAUCUCCUAGCGCCGCACUCCCCGGUCGACUGCAGCUUCGACCCCACGUCUGUGACAAACGUCCCCACAAUCACAAUGCACAUGCAGGACGCCUACUCCUUGUGUGACUACGGCGCCACCACGUACAGCGCCUACACAGGCGGCGGCGGCAGCUCCAGCAACGGCACCUGGACCUGCGGCAACGGCAAUGUGGAGCCGCUCCCGCACAUGGACAUGUUCCGGGACGCCGCGGAGCCGUACCCAUUCGACCCUUCCAAGUUCAGCCAGUGGCAGCAGCAGCAGGCGCCGGACGACCACCGCGGCUCCACGGUCUUCCCGAUCCGCUCGCUGUCCCGGGACCUGCCGGAGUCGUGCUUCGAACUCGCCCGCGGGGCCUUGGAGGACGAGUUCGACUUCAUGUGACCAUCAUUAUUCCACAAGGACAAACUCACACAUAUACAAAACCUCACUAUACCACCUGAUCCUGAUGAGAUGAUCCAUCACCGUUGAGAGGAUGGUUUCACCACACCCAUACUUAUUCCCUCUACUCAUUUUUCUUCUUCUCUACCACUCGAUCCCUUCCCUCGAAAAACAAUUACUUAUUCGAUGAUUUUUUUUUUUUUUGCGUUUCAAUCAGAGAGCUUUAUUCAACAAAAGAGCUCCUGGCAUCAUCAACCAAUAGGCUAGUGAGCAGGAAAGAGGCUCUCGUGUCAGUCCAAUUUUCGGUGACCGUGAGUGUGCAAGCAAACUUAGCACAAAGAUGGAUUGGUACAUUGAAUGACCGAUUUACUUGUUGAAUAACAAAAAAAGAAAAAGAGGAAGCUAGCUCUCUCAUCUCUAAUAGUAAAGGUGCCACCACAGAUAAGCUAUAGUGGCGAGUUUUCCAAAGUUUUCCAAUCUUCAAGCAGUCGGUUUUCAU